AUUCAGUUUACGAACAACCACGAUGAGGAUCGUUUCGUGGGCAAUUGGCUUACCGUUAAUUCUCGGUGUUUUGCAUUACAAAGUAUCGGCUGAAGAGCUGAACUCACCACGAGCCGUUCGAAUAGUAAAUCCAGUGAACCAUACAUUCCAUUUGGAAGUGGAUGAUUUAAAGCCAAUUUUGGAAAAUGAUAAUAUCAAAGAUCGACAUGUUGUUGUUGUUUCCAUUGCCGGUGCAUUUCGUCAAGGCAAAUCGUUUCUGCUGAACUUUUUCGUCAAGUACUUAAAUGCUCAGUAUAAACGUCACGAUGUAUCCGAUUGGAUUGGCGAGAAAGAGAGUAGCAGUGCAGUGAAUGGAUUUAAAUUCCGAGGCGGUCGCAAACCUGAAACGAUUGGUAUUUGGUUAUGGUCGGAGAUAUUCACCCAUGACUACCCAAAUGGAGAAAAAGUAGCAAUUAUUCUGGUGGACACACAAGGGAUCUUCGACAGCAAAAGUAGCAUACACGAUUGCACGACUAUUUUUGCCUUAAGCAUGAUGUUAUCAUCAGUUCAAUGCUACAAUAUCAUGCAAAAUAUUCGAGAGGAUGACGUUCAGCAUUUGGAGCUAUUUACGGAAUAUGGGCGACUGGCUCUUGAACAUUCCAAUGAAAAACCAUUCCAAAAGUUGUUAUUCAUUGUGCGCGAUUGGCCGUAUGCAUUCGAAACACCCUAUGGUUGGGAUGGUCACAAAGUGAUUGACGAUUUUCUACUCGAAAAUGAAGAUCAAACACCAGAGAUGCGCAUGCUGAGAGCACGCAUCAAGACCAGCUUCGAGAAAAUCCAGGCAUAUUUAAUGCCUCAUCCAGGUUUUACCGUAACGCAAGGAAGCAAUUUUACCGGAAAUUUGGCAGAAAUUUCGCCCGAAUUCAUAAAAUAUGUCAAGGAAUUGGUACCAGCACUUUUCGCACCAGAGAAUCUCAUCGUUAAACGGAUCAAUGGGGAGAAAGUUCGAGCUCGCGAUUUAAUUCAGUACUUAAAAAGUUAUACACAAAUUUUCAAUGGAGACACACUACCCGAACCAAAAACGGUGCUCAUGGCUACCGCUGAAGCAAACUAUCAAAUUGUUUACACCGAUUGUUUAAAUCGGUACAUCGAUUCAAUGCAACAUUCGCUCAAUGCAGUCGAAUCAUAUCUGAGUGAAGAAGCGCUUAUGCAACUACAUAAUCGUGUUCAAAAUGAAUCAUUAGCACAGUUUGCUUCGAAGCCAAAACUUGGUGGCGAUGAACUGGCUACAAAAUUCAUGAAGAGAAUCGAAAGCAGCACACAGGAAAAGUUCGUUGCAUUUAAGGCAGAAAAUGAGAGGAAACGUCAAGAUUUCAUUCAAAAAGCCAACAUACACAAUGCGAAAAUAAUUGGUGAAAUUUUCGAGGCGGCCAAGAAAAAAGUGCAAAGUGCAACGGAAAAUUCAGGCCCAGAUUUGAAAAUCACUGAUUUGAGUAAUGGUUUUAAUGCAGCGAAACAAGUCGCUUUGGAAGAGUUUGACCGAACUAAAAUGGGUGAAGCUGAUAUUUCCAAUAGUUUCCGUGUGGGACUUUCACAAAAUUUGGAUAAUUUCAAUGCGGCGUUGGCAAAGACGUUGGAAAACUUCAAUGAACGUCUGAAUCAUUAUACAAAUUCCAUGCAGAGUUCACUUGAUCAGGUUGAAUAUUACCACCAGGCUGAUUUUGUAAACCUUCACCAACGAGUUAAAAGUGAAGCAAUAUCUCAGUUUAUUCAGACCUCCCAACUGGAUGGAGAGAUGAAAUUCACUAUUCAACACAAACUUGAUCAAAAUCUCGAGGGGAAAAUCCGAAUUUUUGAAGAGAGAAAUGCCGCUAAAUAUGCCAACUUUGUUCAACGAGCAAACGUGCACAAUGAUAACGUCUGCCGGGAGGUAAGAGCAUCAUUUGAAGUCAAAGUGCGAAAUGGAAUCGGACCCAAUUAUUUGAAUGACAAUGAUUUCAUUAAUCUGUUCAUGGGAUCGAAACAAAGUUCAUUGGAUGAGUUCAACGCAAGAAAAAUGGGAAACACAGGUGACAUUUUUAAUCCGUUCCGCGAACGACUCGAACGGGAAAUAGAUAGUUUGCAAGCAACUCUAAAACAAGUCAACGAAGUGAAUAAACCCAAACCAAAGAAGAAGAAGCGCAAGUGGUGGAAGCUUGGAUAAAUAGACGAAUAUUCGAACCAAUUUUUAUAUAACUUAUUUAUUACACGUUAAAAAAAGAGAUCCCAAUCCAACUCAUUGGAAAAAUAUUGAAUAAACAAACAAACAAAUAUCCGAAAAA